AUGACGGUAGACGAUGAUGACCUCGAGCGGCGCCGAUAUCAGGCGCCGUACAGCACACACCGACCUAUACCAACCAUUCAAAAGUACCAACAAGAGAAGGAGAAGCGUCAAGCGAAUGCUGCUGGUGGACCCCCACCGCCCAGUGGACAAGAAGAUGAGCAGGAAGACCCCGAUAGCGCGAAUCGAUACCUGUAUUCAAGAGAGCACAGCAAUGCCGGUUCCGACAAUUCAGAUCUCGACAACCCAGCGCACGAGAAGAAGGAUCGUACCCAACAGCUGAAGAAGAAGCUGGUCGGUGGUGGUGUACAUGAGUCUGCAGAUUUGAUGAACGAUACGUCUGAGGCUCCUGCUCAAGAUCAAGACCCCAAGACACGACGCAAAGCUAUAGGCAAGAGCAAACGCAAAGGCGAGCGUGCCUAUCGAGAGGUUACCGACCCCGUUACCCAUCUCCCUGUGCGCAUUCAUGACUUGCAGCCCGGAGACUUGAAGAGGGUCCCUGAAAACCUAGGGCCACCAGGCUCAGAAUCCAGGUCGGCGACUGGUCUGGCCAACAAGAGAAAGAGUGAGGACAUGCUGGCAGAUGAGACGCAAGAGAUCGGAAGACACCAUGCCGCCCUCGAGAACCUCUUUCCACCGCCGGACUUUGACGAGAUCAGGAAUCGCAUGAACAAGAUACAAAAGCUAGGAAUAACAAUCGGUGUGGUGGCUGUCUUUGUCGCCAUUGGUUUGUACAAGACUAUCGCUGUGUUCUUCUUCGAUCGCAACGAUGCGCAUGCUGGGGUCUCCUGGAGCUUCAUCUGGCCAUAUCUCUCCAGUGGCUUCGCUACCAUUAUGCUAGUUGCGCUUACGGUCGCUGUCAUACUCUGGAUCCAGAAAUGGACCGACAGACAAGUCCACAGGUUAUGGGAAGAAGAAAUCUGGCACGCCGACAAGCAUUCGGCAAAAAGUCAAGAUGGCAAGGAGGAGACAACACAAUGGCUCAACAACAUCCUGACCUCUCUCUGGCCGCUUGUCAAUCCAGACCUGUUCAUCUCUCUGGCUGAUACACUCGAGGAUGUCAUGCAGGCUUCGCUUCCGUCAGUCGUUCGCAUGGUUAGCAUUGAGGACCUUGGCCAGGGUAGCGAGUCCAUGCGUAUUCUGGGUGUCAGAUGGCUUCCUACCGGUGCCGCAGCACGUUCAGUCGGUGCCGAUGGCAAACUCGCACCAGAAGCAAAGGAAGGACGCAGUGAUCGCAAUGUGCCUGGUCAGUGGCAGGUUGAUGACAACGCAUCACCCGACCAGAGUCAGGAUCUUGAUCAGACUCAGGGCCCUAAAAAGACGAACACUCAGGAAGAGGCAGACGAUAAGCAGAUUGCCGAAGGCAUGGAGGCCGAGGAAGGUGAUUUUAUCAACCUCGAAGUUGCCUUUGCCUACAGGACUCGUUCUACUUCGAAGAAAUUCAAGGACAGGGCCAAGCAUGCUCAUCUGUACAUCUCUUUCUAUCUUCCAGGAAACAUCAAAAUUCCGGUGUAUGUCGACUUGAGAGGCUUUGUCGGCAUUAUGCGCUGCCGAUUACAGCUUACUCCGGAUCCACCGUUCUUUGCUCUAUGCACUUUCACCCUUCUCGGACAGCCCAAUGUCGACGUGGCAUGCACUCCGCUGACCAGAAAGGGCCUGAACAUUAUGAAUCUGCCAGUCAUCUCGCACUUUGUGCAAACCGCUGUUGAUGCCGCUGUGGCAGAAUACGUCGCGCCCAAGAGUAUGACCAUCAACCUCCAAGAUAUGAUUGCUGGUGAAGAUUUCAAGAAAGACACUAGGGCGAAAGGUGUCAUAAUCGCCAAGAUCAAGCGCGCCUUCGAUUUCAAGGAAGGAGAUCCUGCUGUCCCAUUGAUCAGAGAAGGAUCGGCAGAUCCUUAUGUGACGGUAGGCUGGGCCAAAUUCGUCAAGCCAUUGUGGUCAACACGCGUCAUCCUGUCUGAGAUGAAUCCUUCUUGGGAAGAAACUGCAUUCAUUCUGGUCACUUCCGACGAGUUGAAUGUAGACGAGAGACUUCGUGUGCAGCUCUGGGAUAGUGACCGCUUUACGGCAGACGAUGAUCUUGGUCGUAUAGAGAUGGACCUCAAGGAACUAAUCCAUAAUAAGGAAACAAGAGGCAGAAUGUCCGAUCGUGUUGAUGGCUUCAAGGCUCUGCAUGCUGGUGAAGGUCUUCCUGGCAAGCUUGAGUGGAGCGUCGGUUACUUUCCAAAGGCUCACAUCAUCGACGAGCAACUCAAAAGACAAACUGAGGAUUCGGAAAUUCGCUCUAGAGAUGCGCUGGAGAAGAAGGUUGAAGAGUCUGCCAACCGCAAGCUGCGUGAAGCGAAGAAGGACGAGAGCAGAGAAACUGAGCAGCUCAAGCUACAGCAGUACAAGGAGGUCGAAGAUUCAAUGAUCAUAUCUGCACCACCUCUGGAAAGAUACCCCAGCGGUAUACUAGCCAUCCAAAUUCAUGAAGCUACUGGAUUGGAAGUGCGCGCUCACCACAACGCUGCUCGUUACAACGAUGAACCGGAACCGAGUGGAUUCGAAGAGCAGGGCGAUGAACUUCCAUCUUGUUACUGCAACAUCAUUCUCAACCAUCAAAAGAUAUACCGCACGCGCGUCAAGCCCAAGAAUGCAAAGCCNUUUUUCAAUGCAGGCACUGAGCGUUUUAUCCGCGACUGGAGGACUGCCGAGGUCUACAUCAGCGUGCGAGAUGCUCGUGUGCAUGAAGACGAUCCUGUCAUGGGCAUUGUGCGUCUGCCAUUGAUUGACGUUCUGAAGGAUCGCUCUCAAGUCAAUGGCAGUUAUCCUCUGUACGGUGGUGUAGGCUAUGGUCGCAUUCGAGUCAGCAUGGUGUUCCGCUCCGUGGAGAGCCAAUUGCCCAAAGAGCUGCUGGGUUGGGACUGGGGCACCCUUAUAGUCAAUCCACGUAUCACUUCCGGCUCGAGCUUCCCCACCGACCUCCAAGGCUGUCGCAUCAAGAUUCAGACUGCCAUCUCCGUCGGCCACAUGAAAGCACAUAAAGAUGAGCAUUCAUGGGCAAGCCGCCACAAUAAUGGUCUUCAUCUAGGUGUCCGCCGCCGCUAUGCCAGCUGUUUGAUAGUUCAAUUCCGCAAAGACACCUCUUUGCGCGACAAGACUGCCGCUUUUGCUGUUCUCUGGCUUUGUGACAUCUCCGACAACGAAGACCUCUCUCUGACCUUACCAGUCUGGAAAGGUGACCUCAAACGCGCCACAACCUGCAAACUUGAUUCCUAUGGCGACAGAGUCGGCGAAAUACAGCUUAAGCUCAAGUUCUGCAGAGGACUGAGCAGAUACCACAAACGUCUUUCAAAGCACGACAAACACCUCAGCGACGUCUUCGAAGUCGUCGAAACUGCAAGAUUCCAGAUGGCAAACAACGAACAGGACGACCCAGGGGCUGUCAAAAACAAAGACAUCAAAGAAAAGGCACUCUCAGAUUCAACAGGCGCAAACAACGGCACUGACCCCCAUGCCGAAGGCGAUAGCAGUAACGAAGAAUCCGCCGACUCUUCUUCCUCAUCUUCCUCAGGCUCAGACACUGAAUCUGAAAACAAACCCUCCCACGCCCACCGCAUCAAGAAGAAGCUCUCCAAUACCCGUCACCGCAGCAUCUCCAAACUGACCACCGGCACCGAUGAUGAUAAGAUGACCCGAUCUAGCGAGGGCAGCAGAAAUGUGAUGGACUCGUACCACGAGUACAGGGAGCACAGCAAACAGAUCAACAGACGCCACAGAGGUGUCAUGCAGUUCAAGAGUGCCAGAACUAUGUGGUGGAUGAAGCACAAAGCUGAACACUUGCAAGAUCGCAUCAGUGGAAUCUUCGAGCAUCAUGAGAGGACAACAGGAAUUGAGAGCGAGGCUUGA